AUGGAGAAAGCCUACUCUUUCUUUCUUUCACUUCUACUCUUGCAUCUCUACUUGUUAGAAACAUGCAUUAGCAAAAACAUAGUAAUUAACACAGAUCAAUCAGUUCUACUUGCAUUGAAAGCCAGUUUUACUCUAAGCUCUUCUCAUCCCUUAACUCAAAAUUGGUCUUCUCAAGCUUCAGUUUGUGAUUGGAUUGGAGUCACUUGCGGUUCUCGUCACCAUAGGGUGAUUGCACUAAAUAUAUCCAACAUGAACAUUUUUGGAAACAAUAUUCCUCCACAUUUGGGAAACCUCUCUUUUCUCGUUUCUCUCGAUCUAAGCAAAAACUAUUUACAUGGAGACAUCCCGCAAGAUUUGUCUCGUUUAAAUCGAUUGAAGGUGAUGGAUCUCGGUUACAAUAAUUUCAGCGGAGAGAUUCCAAUGUGGUUCGGUUUCAAUUCUGGUUUUAUUUCAAAGUUAGAAACUCUGAGUGUGAGAAACAAUCUCCUUCAAGGCGGUAUCCCCAAGGAGAUUGGGAACCUUGAGAAUCUUAAGGACUUGAUUUUAUUCGAAAAUCAACUUACUGGCUCUAUUCCACUCUCCAUUUUCAACAUUUCCUCCUUGGAACUUUUAGGUCUCUCAGGUAAUCAAUUAACAGGGAGUCUUCCUGUAGAUAUAUGUCGCCGUCUUGGAAGAAUAAAGAGAAUAUCAUUAGUUUCAAACCAUUUGAGUGGUUACAUUCCAUCAGGUUUGUCUAACUGCACAGAAUUGUCCGAAUUGUCAUUGGCAUACAAUAACUUCAGUGGAAACAUUCCACCAGAAAUUAUCAACUUGGAGAGGCUUGAGCUCUUAAGCCUUGGGGGAAACAACUUGCAAGGUAUUUAUUAA